AUGGAGCUCUCUCAUUGCUUAAUCGAACGUGGGUUCAGAAUCACGUUCUUGAACACUGAGUUCAAUCACGCCCAUGUCGUGGCAGCACUGCCGAAGAUGGGUGGUGUGCACGAGCAGAUCCGUCUGGUUGCGCUCCCAGAUGGGAUGGCACUGGGUAAAGACCGGAAUGAGGUGGGCAAGCAAUGUGAAUGCUUUUUACGCGUCAUGCCUGGUGGUUUAGAAGAGCUGAUUCAUAAGAUGAAUGAGUCAGAUCAUGAUAAGAUCAGAUGCAUCAUUGUGGAUGGAGUCAUGGGAUGGGCUAUGGAAGUUGCUGCGAAGAUGGGGAUCCAAGGAGCUGUGUUUUGGACUGUACCGGUGAGCCUUUGUGCCUCAUUAUUUGACAUUCCUAAGCUGAUCGAGGAUCGAAUCAUCGACAAGAAUGGUCUGGUCGAGUGA